AAGAGGGCAGAAAGCGCGUGGAGCAGAAAAGCAGCCCUGCAGCAAAACGUCACCGUGAGGUCAAUGAGUAAAAUUAAGAACUCAUUUACGCUUGGACGCCUGCUACCAUGUUGAGUUUAUAAUUUAACUCAUUAUCAGUCAUUGUUUAACAGACUUUUAGUUCAUGUUUACACGCUAAGGCCAGAGACAAGUGUGGAGCAGUAAAUGUUUAGGCAAAAUUAAAGACUAGGAUCAGGUUAAGGGUUCUUAGUGCUGCAGGUUAGACUAUGGCCUCAAUCUGAAGUUCCAGUGACAUGGCACCGUUCAGCCUCUUUUAUUAUACAAUAAAAUCAAACAAAGAGGUGAAUAGAAGCUGAGCCUCCACAGAAAUCAACGGGAGGCCGGACAGAAUAACAAUGAUGGCACUUAACCCACAACAAACACAGGGUGGGUGUGUUGCACAAGUCUAAAUCAGGCCAGUGCUUUUACUGGCGGUGACUCCUGUUUACAAGUUCAAAAGUGAAUUCUUCCUAAUUUCAAUACAUGAUGUCAUAUAUCUACAACCCUACUGAAUAAGGUCAAACAAGUUUUUCCUAUACUCUAGCGCAAAAGGUUCCUAAUUCAAUGUAGCAGUGUUGAUUUGUGUCCUAAACUGUUUAAAGGUGCCUCCGCUGCCUGUGUGAUUGAGGCUGUUGAGUUAAUGAUCGCUCAGAUUUUUUUGUGCAAACACGCCUUAAUAAAGACUCAUCUGUAGGGAUUAAUCUGGUCAGGGCAGCAAUUUCUCUCUGCUUCCUCACUUUGCUUCCUUCUGAGUUUUGGAAAACUACUUAAAGCAUCAUGUCGAGGUUGAGCGGGAAAGUCCAGACGGUCCUGGGUCUGGUGGAUCCAGACCAGCUGGGCCGCACCAUGACCCACGAGCAUCUGGCAGGCAAGAACCCGGACAACAAUUAUGAUUCCUUUUAUGUUCCUCCUCUUCAAGGCAACGAAGCAGCAGCGGAGGACCCGUUCCAAAUACAGCACGUGCACUGGCUCAGGCAGAACCCCUACAGCUCCAACAAGAACUUGAAUCUGACAAGGGAUGUUGUAGCUGUGCGGGACGAGCUGCUGGCUUACAGGAAGGCUGGUGGUGGCACGAUCGUGGAGAACACCACAACGGGACUAGACAGAGCCGUGGUGACCCUCAGGGAGCUGGCUAAAAGCACUGGGGUCCACAUCGUUGCAGGAGCUGGCUUCUAUGUGGACUGCACCCACACCGAGGCCACCAAGGCAAUGAGUGUGGAGAAGCUCACAGAUAUCAUGGUCAGCGAGGUGCUUCAUGGUGCCGAUGGCACAGACAUCCGCUGUGGUGUGAUCGGAGAGAUCGGCACCAGCUGGCCCAUCACAGACAGCGAGAAGAAGGUGCUGAAGGCCACAGCUCACGCUCAGGCUCAGCUGGGGUGUCCCGUCAUCAUCCACCCCGGCAGGGAUCCUGCUGCUCCGCCACAGAUUGUCCGGAUUCUCCAGGAAGCAGGUGGUGACAUCAGCAAAACGGUCAUGUCUCACCUGGACAGGACGAUACUUGAUGAAGGUGAACUGCUUGAGUUUGCUAAUCUGGGCAGUUACCUGGAAUACGACCUGUUUGGAACAGAGAUGCUGAACUACCCGUUCAACCUGGAGGUGGACAUGCCCAGUGACAGCCAGAGAGUCCAGACCUUGGCGUUCCUGGUGAAGCAGGGCUACGAGGACCGGAUGUUGAUCUCACACGACAUCCACACCAGGAACCGUCUCAUCAAGAACGGUGGCCACGGCUACUCCCACAUCCUGAAGAACAUAGUGCCAAAGAUGCUGACGAGGGGCAUCUCACAGCAUCAGGUGGAUAAGAUCCUCAUCCACAACCCGAAGCGCUGGCUCACCUUCAAAUAAAUCAAACACUCACAGACGUCUGAAAUAACAAUAGGUGCUCACAGCAGCUGGUGUGAGUGAAAAGAAAUAAAUUACCCAGUUUAACUUGUUACUAGUUUCUGACUUUUAACCAGUGUUCAAGAGUAUUUAAUAAACCUGGGUUUGUUGAAUAGUUACUC